CCUUGUCUCAAUCAUAGAUGAUUUCUUCUCGUUCUUCUUCUUCUUAACUUUGAGAGAAAUGAAGAAGCAGCUGUGGCUGGGGAAGAAGAUGAAGAUUGCAGUAGCUUCGUAUCACAGAGGAUUUGAUCUUCUGAGUCUGGGAGUUGGAGUUUUCAUUGGAUGCUUUAUUGUCUCGCUCACCUUUCUCACCAUGCACAGAUCUUACAUGCUUUCUUUUCCAUCUAUGGCUUCUCAGGUGUCAAAAACAGCAGAUGCAUGUUCUUUGAUUUCUCAACGGAUUGAGCCCAACGGCAAGCCGAGGAUUUCUGAUGAACUUUCAAGCAAUGGAGUUGCUUCAGAGGACGACGGCUUCGAGACGCCGAUGUGCGACACGUCGAGCCACCGGUGCGAUCUCUGCGACAUCUACGGCGACGUCAGGAUCGUCGCCGGCGGAGACUCCUCUCCGUCGGUGCUCCGUGUCUCGGCCUCCUCUCAGUCCGCCGGGCGUCGGCCAUGGCAGGUGAAGCCGUACGCUCGGAAGUGGGACCGCAGCGUGAUGCGCGGUAUCAAGCCCGUCGACGUCCGCUCCGCUGCCGCCGGUGGCGACGCGCCGCCGUGCGCCGUCUCCCAUUCCGUCCCUGCCGUUGUCUUCUCCACGGGAGGCUACGUCGGCAACUACUUUCACGAUUUCGCCGACGUGCUCGUCCCUCUGUUCCAGUCCGCGCGUGAGUUCGACGGCAAGGUCCUCCUCGUCGUCUCCCGCUUGAAUCUGUGGUGGAUGGCCGGAAAGUACGGCCACUACUUCCGCCGGAUCUCCAAGUACGACCCCAUCGACCUCGACAACGACGGGCGCGUGCACUGCUUCAACCGCGCCAUCGUCGGCCUCCGCGCCGACGAGGACCUCACGAUCGACCCGGGGAAGUCGAGGGCGGGGUACACCAUGGCGGACUUCCGCCGCUUCAUGAGCUCCACCUACGGCCUCAACCGCCGGCACGCCGCCAAAAUAACAGAGCAAGCGGAGAAGAAGCAGCCACGGCUGCUGCUGAUCACGCGAUCCAAGAGCAGAAUGUUCAUGAACGCCGGCGACGUCACCCAACUCGCCGAGCAGCUCGGAUUCGAGGUGGUGACGUCGGAGGGCGAGCACGACGUGGCCAAGUUCUCGCGAGUUGUGAACUCCUGCGACGCCAUGGUCGGCGUGCACGGCGCCGGGCUGACCAACAUGGUGUUCCUCCCGGCGAACGCGGUGGUGAUUCAGGUGGUACCCUUCGGCGGGCACGAGUGGAUCGCCACCACGUACUUCGGGAACCCGGCGAGGGGGAUGGGGCUCAAGUACUUGGAGUACACCAUUGACGCCGACGAGAGCACGCUGACGGAGAUAUACUCCAGGGACGAUCCGGUGUUCAGGGACCCGCCGGCGAUCCACAAGCUCGGGUGGGCGAAAAUGGGGGAAAUUUACUUGAAUAAGCAAAAUGUGAGGGUGGAUUUGGGAAGAUUUAGGCCUGUUCUUGAGAAGGCUCUUGAGCUUCUCAGGGAGUAGAGGUCGAUCAGCCAGAUGAACGCAGAGCAAUUAAUUUCCAGAUAAUAGGACAAUGAUUCUCAUUCUGAUUCAUAUUAAGAAUCAAACGUCCCCUUAAUGUUAUUACAAAUAAGGGCUUAUGAGAUUAUAUGCCGCCCUUCGAUUAAAAAUAAUAAAAAAAAUAUGCCACCUAAUAA